GUUUUCACAGCUCUUCUUCAGCGAGAAAAAUUGUUUUUCUUCUCUUUUCCCCCUUUUUUUUUCUUCAAGUUUUUCUUCUUGUAACUAAGUUACAAUAACUCGCUCCAUCAUUUUUUUCCAGUUAGUGGCUUAAAUGAACGAGCUUGAGAAUACCAACAACCAACUUUGGUUAAAUACGCAGACUGACCAGCACCGUCCAGCUAGCCCUGAUUAUAACACUGAAGAUUGUGUUGUGCUAAACUCUGAUGAUUUCCAACCCACAUCGCAAUUGUACUCAUCUUCCCUAUAUGACGAACAAGCUCAUCGCCGAACUUUCCGACAUCAAAAUCCGCAUAAAUUUGUUAUUGUAGUGGGCUCAUAUGAAAAGGCUAUAACCCUUGGCCGUGGCGGUGCGAACACCAUCAAAAUUGGCCGCCGUAACCGAAACAUUAGCCGAACUCAUAUUUCUAUCGAUUACAAUAAAACAAAGCAACAAUUUGAACUCACAGUAAUAGGAUUAAACGGUGCUUGUGUGGAUGAUGUCGCAUACGAGCAACAUGCAGUUGUACGUUUAGAAAAUCAUAGUAUAAUUGAUGUACUGGGUGACCAAAUUCAGUUUAGAGAGCCCAUUGCGCCCCUUCCUUUACCUACAGCUAAAGAACAGCAACACCAACAAGCAAAUAUCGGAAAUGAAAGAAUGAAUAUCAAUACAGUAGCAGCCGUUGCUAAAGAGCUAUCUCCCGAGCCUGAACAACAGACUGCAGCAGUUGGGGAAGAAGAACAAGUAAAAGAAAACAAAGAAAUCAAGUUAGCUGAUGAAAAGCCUGCAGAAGAAUCAGAAAAGAUAGUUGAAGAGCCUGCAACACACCAAAAUGAAGUAAUUGCCACCCACCCUGAUGAGAGCAUUAACAGUGCGCCCAAAUCAGAAAAAAUGAAUCAAGAGGUCGUACAUUUAGUUAAGGAAACCACUGAAUUGAUUGAGUUGCCGUCCAACGAUGACGAGACAACUGAACAAACAGAAAAAAAAUCAGAUAGAAAAGAAGAAGAGACAGUAAAAGCCAUAAAAGAAGAACCUUCACCUGAAAUGAAGAAAGGAAAGAAAGCAAAAGAUGCUAAAAACGCUGAGAAUAACGCAAUUCUGAAAGACAGUAAUAAUCCUGCUCACGGUGAAGAGAAAAAAGAGGACUAUUCCGAAGUUAUCAUUGAUGCAUUAGUUUUCUCCCGCACUUCUUCCAUGCCAAUAAGUGAUAUUUGUUCUCGUAUUCUUAAAGCUCAUCCUGUUUACGCUGAGCAUUCUCGCGAAGUCUGGAUUGAACGCAUUCGCAAAGUACUUAAAGAAAAACCCUUCUUUGGUGAAAUUCAACGUAAGGGUAAAGCCGCUGAUGGCACACCUGUUGAGAACUUAUAUUACUAUAAUAGCGAACUAGAUCCCGUUGAAUGGCGUCGUGCUACCUAUACACAAGUAGGUCGUAGUGCUCGUAAGUGUACGUUGAAAGAUAAACAAUAUUUUUGGAAAAUUCCACCAAAGUUGGGACGUCACCGUAGCUCCUAUGUUCCCCCACCUGCCAAUAAUAACGGUAGCACUGCUGAGUCUGCAUCACUGUCAACGGCAGCCACUAAAAGACAACGUUCACCAACAUCUAUAGAUGAAAAUAAUGAACCAAAAAAGAUCAAACAAUAAAUAUCCAAUCAACAUAUUCGAAAUGACUUUUCUAGCUGCCUAACUUAAUCACUCAACGGAACUCUUUCUCUCUGCACAGUAUCCUCCUUAAGUAUAUUGUCUAAUAGCUUACUUACGAUAUUUCUAUUGUUACACAUACGUAGUAAAAAGCCUGAAAAAGCGAUUUUGAAAUUGGACCAUAUCUUUAAUUACUUUGAUAAUAAUCUUAAUAAAACAGAAAACUGAACAUAUAUCAAUUAA